AUGGACCGCCUGGUGGCACUCAACGCCAAGCUCACCGCCAUCGCCAAGGGCGGCCUGCCCAAGCCGCUGCAGAGCCUGGCGCGCCUGCCCCUGCUGGAGCGCAUGGUGGCGGAGAUGGCCCAGAUAUUCCUCAUGGCGCCCAAGGACACCGGCAGCGUGGACCUGCUCACGCCGGAGCAGCAGGCCAACGUGGUCUACUGA